AAAAAGCUCCAGAAGAACGUUGACUCUCAACCACUUCCAUCCACGAGGACACCAGCGCCCGCGCUGCUUGCCAGCCCCUCUCGAUAGCCACAGCGAAGCACACUUGCCAGUAUCUAUACCAUUACCGCCCACCUCCGCACACAACACGUAUCAAUGUCCGCCAAACGAUCGUGAGACAUUCAUUCACUCGCCGCUUCCCGGAAACAUGCCGGGUGCCCACACGCCGCAGAGGGCCAGGGCCAAGGCCAAGGACACCACCGACGGCAUCAUUUACGACAUCUUCCUUUGGAUCUUCAACGUCGUUGUCGAGCUCUUCUUUCGCGAAAUACAUCCUCGAUCAUCAUGGCGCAUUCCAACGUCAGGUCCUGUUAUAUUCGUGGCAGCACCGCACGCCAACCAGUUUGUCGAUCCACUGUUGUUGAUGCGAGUAGUCAGACACGAUGCCCAUCGCAGGAUAGCCUUCCUUGUGGCAGAAAAGAGCAUGAGAAGGAAGUUCAUAGGCUUCAUGGCCGGAUUGGUGGGAUCCGUACCUGUGGGACGAGCGCUAGAUUUGAAGAAGCCUGCGAAGGGCAAGAUAUUCCUUCCUGACCCGGAAGGCGACCCGUGUCUGAUCCGAGGCACUGGAACCGAUUUCACGAGUGGAGAAUACAUGAGAAGUGGACUGUUGGUCUUGCCCAGCGUGAACAAUCAAGCCGCAAACUCCGAGAUCGAAGAGAUAAUCAGCGCUACCGAGCUUCGAUUGAAGAAACCGUUCAAGGGCGAUGUGGCUCUGAAACAGUUGACAGGAAAGCCGCUGGACGGCAAUGACGAAAACUCCAACACAGAGAAAUUCGAAGGCACACCUUUCAGCGUCGCUCCACACGUCGACCAGUCUCAUGUCUACAACGAUGUUUUUAAUCACUUGCAUCGCGGAGGCUGUAUCGGUAUCUUCCCCGAGGGAGGCAGUCACGAUCGAACUGAGCUGCUUCCACUCAAACCGGGUUUGGCGAUCAUGGCAUUGGGUGCUCUGGAGAAAGACCCAAAUUGCAAUGUCAAGAUCGUUCCAGUGGGCAUGAACUAUUUCAACGCCCACAAAUUCCGCUCUCGUGCCGUCAUCGAAUUCGGCGCUCCAAUAGAUAUCGAGCCUGAAUUAGUCGAGCAGUACAGCAGUGGCCGCAAACGGGAGGCCGUUGGCACUUUGCUUGAUCGUGUCCAUGAUGCACUUUCAGCGGUGACGGUGCAGGCCCCAGACUACGAAACACUGAUGCUGGUUCAAGCGGUUCGCAGACUGUACAACCCGAAAGGCCGCCCACUGCCACUUCCAACUGUUGUUGAGCUCAAUCGCCGACUAAUCAAAGGCUAUCGAACAUUCAAAGAUGAUCCCAAGAUCAUCAAGCUGAGGGAUGAUAUAUUGGCCUACAACAGAGCUCUGUUCCGAUUGAAUAUCCGUGACCAUCAGGUGUCUUAUGCGAAAUUUGGCUUCCCCAAGGUCGUCGCCCUGCUGAUUUACAGGUCACUGAAAGUGGCCGCCCUUGGUUUAGGUGCCCUUCCUGGUGUGAUUCUGUUCGCACCCGUGUUCAUCCUCGCAAAGCUCAUCUCGAUCAAGAAGGCAAGGGAAGCAUUGGCCGCAUCCACGGUCAAGGUCAAGGCUCGAGACGUUGUUGCAACCUGGAAGAUUCUGGUGUCGUUGGCUCUCACCCCAGCUCUGGACAUUUUCUACACCAUUGUCGCAACUGUAUGGAUGUACAGGAGCAACGUUUCAGGCUUGGUCCCACAAUGGGUCCCAGUCUGGCUUGUGACCAUCAGCUCGAUCAUCUUCUUCCCGGCUAUUUGCUUUGCUGCUCUUCGCGUUGGUGAGAUCGGCAUGGAUAUUCUCAAAUCGCUUCGACCUCUACUGCUGUCAGUCAACCCGACUUCAUCAAAUACCUUAGUUCGACUGCGAGCGGAUCGCGAGGAACUUCAAGAGAGGAUCAACAAUGUGAUCAACGAGCUGGGACCUCAACUCUAUCCCGACUUCGACCACAAUCGCAUUAUCAAUGACCCCACACAUCCUCUUCACUCCCCAGAAAGGUCGAGACCAGGCACGCCCCGCCAUCGCCGCGACCAGAGUGGAGAAUUGGACGCGCUUCAAUUUACGCCCGCCAGCCCAACACAACAUCAAGGAGCCUUCAGCAAAUCUUCGAAUAUCCCUCGCAACGAAUCAUUCGGGAACAUUGGUUCGAUCGGCCUGUUCGCUUCACGGCCUACUACUCCAAAUAGAAGUCGAAGUCGAGCAGGCAGUGGAUCUGGUGGUUUCAGCUUCGGCUCGGGCAAAGGCCUCGGAUUCACCAGCAUGGAUUCAAAUCCGAAGACGAAUCUCGAAGAAGUCUCAAAGAACCUUCACGAAGCUAUGCGUGAGCGAGGACGAAGGCGAAGGGAAAGCGAGAGUGACGGAUGGGUCAUUGAACGUGACGACGAUACUGAUGAUGGAAGUUCUGAGCUAGGCGAGACGGAGCUCGAGCCCAAGAAAGUGGUGUAAAGUGGAUCACUAGGGCAGGGGCCAAGGGUUCGAGUCUAUUUGUGAGCGUUCUGUUAUGCAUUAUGGACUUCUGGAGCAGCUUCGUUUUGGACAAGACUAUUACUAUUCCAAUCGUGUAGGUUUACAACGAUAUGCACGAAUUCAGCGGGCUUCGAUCGCGCACCUCCUGGCCUUCAUUUUUGUCCACGACAGCUGAAUGAUUGGUGAGUGCGUGAAGAAGUAUCAAUGUCCUUCAGCCAGCCACAAUUUUUUUCACGUUCCCGAUCAGGUUGUCGCUCAGCUCGCCACCUUCACGACAAAAUCUCAACAAUGAAAGUACUUGUGUACUUACCGUGCCACAUCACAAUCGAUCCCACACGCAUGCCACGUUUCUCCCCUGACACCAAUCUGCUUCUCGCAUGCAUGCAUUGAAGGAUUGCCACAUUCUGCAAGCCAAGACCACUUUGUAAGUCUUAUGUAACACGACAGAACGCUUGCAUGCAAUCCUGUUCGCCGUCGCCGAUGCAGUAUGCAGUGUACAAUGCAGUG